AUGAUGAAGAAAAGCAGAAGUGUCAUGACAGUAACUGCAGAUGAGAAUUCUCUGGAUUACCUGGAGUGUGGGCUGAGUAAGUCCUACAGUACCUCCAGCCAUGCCCUGGGCAUAGACCUCUGGAGGGGAAGAAGGUGUUGUUCUGGUAAUCUGCAGUUACCACCACUCUCCCAAAGGCAAACAGAAAAAGCCAAAACACCAGACAGGGACAUUAUCUGUAGACCAACAACUCUGCCUCUGUUGACACCUCCAAGUAUUGCCAUAACCACUUACCAAGACUGCUUCGACGUGGAAAAUGGCCCUUCACCAGGCCGCAGCCCGCUGGACCCACAAGCCAGCUCCUCCUCGGGGCUCGUCCUGCACACCACCUUCCCGGGCCACAGCCAGCGCAGGGAGUCCUUCCUCUACAGAUCCGACAGCGACUACGACUUGUCACCAAAGACCAUGUCCAGGAACUCCUCUCUCCCGAGUGAACAGCAUGGGGACGACCUGAUUGUCACACCUUUCGCCCAGGUGCUGGCGAGUCUACGAAGCGUGAGGAACAACUUCACGCUCCUCACCAAUUUGCAUGGCACCUCCAACAAGAGAUCUCCAGCAACAAGUCAGCCGCCUGUCUCCAGAGUCAACCUGCAAGAGGAGCCCUACCAGAAGCUGGCCAUGGAGACUUUGGAGGAGCUCGACUGGUGUUUGGAUCAGCUGGAGACUAUCCAGACCUACCGCUCAGUCAGCGAGAUGGCAUCCAACAAGUUCAAGAGGAUGCUGAACCGGGAGCUGACACACCUCUCCGAGAUGAGCCGCUCCGGCAACCAGGUGUCCGAGUACAUUUCCAACACCUUCCUGGACAAGCAGAAUGAUGUGGAGAUUCCUUCUCCCACUCAGAAAGACAGAGAGAAGAAGAAAAAGCAGCAGCUCAUGACACAGAUCAGUGGAGUGAAAAAACUAAUGCACAGUUCAAGCUUAAAUAACACCAGCAUCUCACGAUUUGGUGUCAAAACAGAAAAGGAGGACCAUCUGGCCAAGGAACUGGAAGAUCUGAAUAAGUGGGGCCUCAACAUCUUCAACGUGGCGAGGUACUCCCACAACCGGCCGCUCACCUGCAUCAUGUACGCCAUAUUUCAGGAGCGAGAUCUGCUGAAAACCUUCAAGAUCUCAUCAGACACGUUUGUGACGUACAUGAUGACGCUGGAAGACCACUACCACUCAGACGUGGCUUACCACAACAGCCUCCAUGCUGCUGAUGUUGCCCAGUCCACCCAUGUUCUGCUCUCUACCCCUGCACUGGAUGCUGUCUUCACUGAUUUGGAAAUCCUUGCUGCCAUUUUUGCAGCUGCAAUCCAUGACGUGGAUCAUCCUGGGGUCUCCAAUCAAUUUCUCAUUAAUACAAAUUCUGAACUAGCCCUGAUGUACAACGAUGAGUCUGUCUUGGAGAACCACCAUCUGGCUGUGGGCUUCAAACUGCUUCAAGAGGAGCACUGUGACAUCUUCCAGAACCUGACCAAGAAGCAGCGUCAGACACUCAGGAAGAUGGUGAUUGACAUGGUAUUGGCAACAGAUAUGUCCAAGCAUAUGAGCCUGUUAGCUGACCUGAAGACUAUGGUGGAAACCAAGAAAGUGACCAGUUCAGGAGUCCUCCUUCUGGACAACUACACAGACAGGAUACAGGUUCUCCGCAAUAUGGUGCACUGUGCGGACCUGAGCAACCCCACCAAGUCUCUGGAGCUGUACCGGCAGUGGACAGACCGGAUCAUGGAGGAGUUCUUCCAGCAGGGAGACAAGGAGAGGGAAAGAGGAAUGGAAAUCAGCCCAAUGUGUGACAAACACACGGCAUCGGUGGAGAAAUCACAGGUUGGAUUUAUUGACUACAUCGUCCACCCCCUAUGGGAGACGUGGGCUGACCUGGUGCAACCUGACGCCCAGGACAUCCUGGACACGUUGGAGGACAACAGGAACUGGUACCAGAGCAUGAUACCUCAGAGCCCAUCUCCUCCACUUGAGGAGCAGGGCAGGGACUGUCAGAACCUGAUGGAGAAGUUCCAGUUUGAACUGACGUUGGAGGAGGAGGAUUCAGACGGGCCGGAGAAGGACAGCGAGAGCCUCGGCUACUUCAGCAAUACAAAGACACUCUGCAUGGCCGACCCAGGGGAAGAGGAUGCCCAGAGGGAGGCAAACAUAGAGAUUGUGACAGAAGAUACAUCUCCUGUGGACACAUAA